CCUACUUGGGAAGUUGGGUGGGAUUGGCGUCGUGUUCGUGUAGCUCCUCUUCUCCUCAUUGCUGGCUUGGCCUUUGGCUAUACCUUCCCUUCAUCACCUCCUAGUAUAAAGCAAUUCAAUUCCCAAUCCCCCCGGCCCGAAGUGAAGGAAGCGGAUCAUGGAGCUCGCCAUGGAUUUUGCGCUCCGCCUCCGCGACGCCGCCAACCACCACCUCUCCCGCUACGAGCCUCUCGUGCUCCUCGCCGCGCCCCUCCUCGCCCUCCUCGCUGCCCGCACCCUCCACGCCGCCGCUGCCGCCGUCGCCGACCGCGGUCUCCGCACCGUCCUCCUCGCUCUAGCCAUGACAGCCAUCAAGUUGCUUCCGGGAGUUAGCGCCUACAUCAACGCUGAGAAGAGGAAGGUUGUUGACCAGCUGCAGUCAGGUGGCACGUCCACAAAAAGUACUCUGCGGACCGAGUUGCCAACUGUUGGGCUUUCCAACCAAGUGAUAAACGAUCUCGAAACACUGAAAGCUAGAGAUGUAAACUGGCAGGGAAAAUGCUCUGGCACAGUUUAUAUUGCUGGGAGUGAAUCCGAAGGUCAUUUUGCAUUGAUAAACAAGGCUUACUCUAUGUUUUCACACACCAACCCACUUCACCAGGACGUAUUCAAGAGUGUGGCACAAUUAGAGGCUGAAGUAGUUGCAAUGACAGCUGCUUUGCUUGGCAUCAAAGAAAAAUCAUCCGGUGGACAGAUUUGUGGUAAUAUGACAUCGGGCGGAACUGAAAGCAUAUUAUUAGCAGUAAAAACAUCACGCGACUAUAUGCGAACAAAGAAGGGCAUUACAAAGCCUGAAAUGAUAAUUGCCGAAUCAGCACAUUCUGCAUACGAUAAAGCUGCUCAAUAUUUCAAUAUUAAAGUGCGGCGUGUGCCAGUGAACAAAGAGUUUCUUGCAGAUGUGAAAGGAUUCAAAAGGUGUAUAAACGGAAAUACGAUAAUGAUGGUGGGGUCUGCACCAGGAUUUCCUCAUGGUUUAAUUGAUCCUAUUGAGGAACUUGGGGAGUUGGCUUCACGAUAUGACAUUUGCUUGCAUGUUGAUCUCUGCCUUGGUGGAUUUGUAUUGCCUUUCGCUCGUAAGCUUGGGUACCCUAUUCCUCCAUUCGACUUCUGUGUCAAGGGAGUUACAUCAAUCUCAACUGAUGUUCAUAAGUAUGGAUUAGCCCCAAAAGGGACAAGCAUUGUCCUAUAUAAAAAUCAUGAAAUUAGAAAGCAUCAAUUUGUUGCUGUUACUGAAUGGACUGGUGGGCUCUAUGUUUCACCUACUAUUGCUGGAAGUAGGCCUGGUGGGUUGAUAGCGGGAGCUUGGGCUGCUAUGACGUCUCUUGGACUGAACGGUUAUAUGGAAAAUACAGGUCAUAUCAUGGAAGUGUCGAAGAAAAUACAAAGAGGGAUUGAAGAUAUCCCAGGGUUGUUUGUGAUUGGAAAGCCAGACAUGACUGUCGUGGCAUUUGGCUCAGAUUCGGUUGAUAUAUUUGAGGUGAACGACAUAAUGUCAUCAAAAGGCUGGCACCUUAAUGCUCUGCAGAGACCCAACAGUUUACACAUUUGUGUGACACUGCAGCACACGGUCAUAUAUGAGGAAUUCCUGAAGGAUCUGAAAGAUUCAGUGGACACUGUAAAAGCAAAUCCAGGGCCUAUUAGCGGGGGGCGAGCUCCGAUUUACGGAGCUGCUGGCAAGAUGCCGGACAGAGGCAUGGUCAGGGAGCUGCUGGUGGAGUUCAUGGACGCGUCUUGCUGAACAUAUAAUAUAUCCCCUGUUCUUGUUAUUGUGGCAUUGCUGAUUACUGUUGUACUAGUAUUAUCAUCAUGUUCAUGUACUCACCAUAGAACCAAAACAUAGCCAUAGAAUAAAAUGCUUAUUUGAUCCAAUAAUAAUAAAAUAUAGCUGCAUGCAGUUCAGUUCAUUUCA